UACAUAUCUGGUUGCACACGUUAACACCACACACACAUGCUCACGCACUCUCUUCUCUCUUUACUUUCUUCUUUUUCUUCACUGGGUCUCAUUACUUUGGCUCUCUUCGACUCUCGCCAAACCAACCCCCUUUUAUCCCUCUCUCAAAGUGUACCUUCUUGAUCUUGAUAGUAUACUUUUUCUUCCCCUCGUCUCAAAUGAGUUACUUUUGUCACUCUUGUCAAGAGCAAACAGACGUUAUCGCGUCCUCUUACUUGGCAUGUCAACAAUGCUUCUCCGACUUUGUCGAAGAGAUUGAGCCAACACAUACUGAUCGAACUUGGAGCGAUGAGGAUGAAGCACUUGCGUCGUUGUGGAAUUAUGUUUUUCGAAAUGGACUGGACGAUUCGCCUAUUCCUGGUGCUUAUCCUCGUCAAGAUAGCAAUUUUGACGACGUCGACGAUCUACACGUCGCUUCGAGUGACGAGAAUUUUCAUUAUGCUUUUGCUGGGUAUGCGCCAGAAGAGGAUCACGACGAAGAGGAGGAAGAGGUAGAGGAAGAGAGCGAGUACCGAGAAUAUAUCGAGCGAGCAACAUAUGAUGACGGUGAAGAGGAUGAUAGCGAUAAUGAUAGCGACUAUGAAGAAACACAAUCACCGUGGCCAGCCCACAGCAGCAAUGCCAGUCAACAUUACACUGACGAUGACGACGAUGACGUUACUUAUCAAGAUGUCGGCAGUUAUGAAGAAGAAGGCAGCUUAGACGAGGGUGAAUUUCUAUCUAUACGAGACGUCAAUGAGGAUAGCUAUGCCGAAUACCUGGACGAUGAUGACAAUGGCGACGACGACGAUGAUGAUGAAGAAUAUUCCCUUUUUUCAUAUGAACGAGCAUAUACAAUAGAUGAAAGAGUUGAAGGCAGGUCUUUUGUUCCCCCGUACGAUUUAUCAGACGACGAUAGCGACAACGAGGAAGAAGAGGAUGAAGAGCGAAUUGAUAUGGUGAGAGCCGAAGAGUUAAUGCGCGAAUUGCUCAUUGACGAUGGCGAUGAUGAAGAAUACGUUGAUGGUUUUAGUCGCUCUGCUGUCAAUGACUUGGCCGAAUACGAGGAUGCUCAAUCGAUCACCGAGAUAAAUGACUAUGAAGGUGCAUCCGAAGACUAUCACGGAUCUGGAUUUGAUUCAUCGUUUGAUCCGGCGUAUGAAUUUUCAACUUUGCUUAGAAUAAUACGAGAACAGCAUGAAGCAACAUUCAGAGACGCAUCAAAUUGGGAAACGGGUAGACGAGAUGUUGUAGGAGCGUCAGAGGAUACGAUUGCAGCGUUACCAAGGCAUCGAUUGGCUACUGGCGAUGGCGCAACUCAAAAUGAAUGUUCUAUCUGUCUGGAUAACUUUGGAUCCAGUGUUGAUUUGGUCGAUUUACCGUGCAUGCAUGGAUUUCAUGGUGCUUGUAUUGAGAAGUGGUUACAAGUGAAUGCGAGCUGUCCAGUAUGUCGAUGUAGUUGCUCCUGAUUAUAAUCAUAGAUCAGGUAGAAACAAGAUACCAUCAUAGCAGUAAAUAAGCAUUAUUUCCUCAUCUCUCUUUUAUCUCUCUACUUGUACAUACAUAUAACUUUUGCAUAUAUCAUCCCAUUCCACCCACGCACAACCAACAUCCAUCAAAUCAAUAUCAAGCAAAUAACAAUACUGAUUCUAUCUAUUGUGUUA